AUGUCGGAAACACCCACUCACACAGGAAAUUUGCAACAUUCAGGUAACCAGAUAACUGAUAACGACUUGCAAGAUACUGUAACAAAAAACAUUUCCAGCAAUGAAAGUUUAAAACCCGUUACUUCGAAAGAUUCUUCACCAUCUAAAAAGAAAAACGCACGGAAAAGGGCAAAAUUAAAGUCGCUUCAAAUGCCAAAAGAUAUAUGUGACCAGUCUUUGUUAUCAAAUCCCAGAGGAAACGAUGCUGCUUUAUCAACUCCAUCCACUUCCUCUGUUAUGGAAGUUCAGGAAAGAAAUAGUGGCGAUGCUCAAAAAUUAGCACAUUUAGAUCAGAGUAAUGUUAUGUCUAAUACAAGUUCAAAUUUUAACAAAUUGCACAUUUCUUCACACCAAAUUGCUCAACAUGCACAAAGUACUAAUUCUGUUCACGAUUUUUUCAUGAAUCAAGUGAUUCCACUAUAUGGCACCGCUAAUACCAGAUAUGCAGAAAAUCUUGCUCAUCAUCCUCAGUUUCAGUUAAAUAUACACUCUCCAAAAUAUCUACAAAAUCUAAUGCAACAUCCCUUACUGAGCCAUCCUUUAAAAUCACCAAGCAGUGUUAAUAGACAUAUGUUUUCUGGAUCUCCUCACCUGUUUAAGAGAGAAAAUGCACAAAAUAUAUCACCAAAUAAGAAAAGAAUCAAUCCAAAACAGUUCCAACAUGCUUACGUUUCAAGCACAGAUCGUAGUGAGCAAGAUGUCUUUAUAGAUGGCAUUAAGAAUAGAAACCGUGCUCUAGAAGGUGAUAUUGUUAUUGUACAGUUACUGGAAGAAAAAGAUAAUGGUGAAAAAAAGGAAACUGAGAAAGAUAAUGAUGACGUAAAACAAAAAAAAGGAAAAGUGGUCUAUAUAAAGGAAAGAAUACAUACCAGAACUUGUAUUGGAUCUUUAAAGCUGAUGCCAGAUAAAAAUAGGCAGAAGGCCCUCUUUAUACCGAGAGACUACAGAUUCCCAAGGCUAGAUAUACCAUGUACAUUUUGGCCUGAUAAUUUUUACACUGACUCAGACAAAUAUGAAAAUACAUUAUUUUCAGCAAAAAUUUUGGAUUGGUUUGAUAUACGAUUUGCUCUAGGAAAAAUAGUUUGCAAUAUAGGUGAAUCAGGGGAUAUGCAAUCGGAAACUAAAGCUAUUUUGGCUCAAACAGACGUGGAUAUUACUCCUUUUGGACCAGAGGUACGUCACUUAUUCCCACAUUUAGAUUAUGUCAUACCCGAAGAAGAGAUUAAGUUAAGGGAAGAUUGUCGUAAAUUAUGUAUAUUUAGUAUUGAUCCUAACAAUUGUCGUGACAUUGAUGAUGCUGUCUCAUGUAGGAAACUUGAAAAUGGUAAUUUUGAAGUAGGGGUCCAUAUAUCUGAUGUGUCCCAUUUUUUAACUGAAAAUACAAUGUUGGAUGAAAAGGUGGCUGAAAAAGCUACAACUAUUUAUAUGGUGGAAAAGGCAUAUCAUAUGUUACCAGACGAGCUUUGCAUGCUUUGUUCUCUAUUUCCUGGAGUUGACAAACUAGCAUUCUCCGUAUUUUGGGAAAUAUCAGAUGAUGCUGAAAUUUCAAGACCUAGAUUUUCAAAAUCUGUCAUACAUUCCUGUUGUCAAUUAGCUUAUGAGCAUGCUCAAGCAAUACUUGAGGGCAAUAUUGACACAGAGCUUAAGUUUCCAGAAAUAUACAAUGGUUUCAAAUAUUCUCAAAUACAAGAGACCAUUAAAAACCUAGGAAAUAUAUCAUCAAUUUUAAGGAGAAGGCGUUUUGAAGGUGGAGCCCUAAGAAUCGAUCAACCAAAAGUUUCAUUCACUUUAAGUCCUUCAAAUGGAAUGCCAGAAUCAUUUUGUAUCUACAAAAGCAAAGAAAGUCACCAACUGAUUGAAGAAUUCAUGUUGCUAGCAAAUAUGUCCGUAGCUACUAAAAUAUAUGAGGAUUAUCCUAAAUUAGCAUUUUUGAGAUGUCAUCCAGAACCCAGUGGUUAUAUGUUAAAACAACUUGCUAAAGCAUUAAAACCAAUGGGUAUUGAUUUGGAAAUAACAUCAGCAGGUGAUAUCUAUCGGUCAUUACAGCCCUAUGUGGGCCCUACAAGUAAUGAUAGGGGUAAAGCCAUGGUCUUAAGUAUGCUGUGUGCUAAGCCUAUGGCAAGAGCAAAAUACUUUUGUGCUGGUGGAUAUGUAGAAGAUUUUCACCAUUAUGCUCUAAAUGUUCCGCUAUAUACACAUUUUACAAGUCCCAUAAGACGUUAUGCAGAUAUCAUGGUACACAGGUUACUAUCAGCAAGUUUAAAAUACAGAGAUGUGCCCAAAUGGGAAGUUGACUAUGUAAGGCUGGUUGCAGCCCAAUGUAAUAGGCAAAAGUAUAAUGCAAAAAGGGCAGGUGAAUUAUCUACUGAAUUAUAUACACUCAAAUAUAUUGAAAUGCACUCACCAGUUUCUACUGAAGCAGUAGUUGUCGAGGUCAGAGAGAAAUACAUUGACGUUAUUAUUGUUGCAAUGGGGUUGAAUAGAAGAAUAUUGUUCAAUAAUGAUUUCCCUGGUGACUACAAUUGCAUAAAAAAUGACGCCGGUACGAAGUUAUCUAUAAUGGAAUUAACUUGGCACGCCACCCAAGGACUUCCAGAAGUCAAACAAAGUAUCAGUGUAUUUUCUACAUUAAAAGUCGAAAUGCACAGAGGAGAUGACAUGGUAAAAAUUGAAGUAAGACUUGUAAGACCAGACCAUGUGGAUCCUACGUUAUAG